UCAGGAAAUUAAUAUUUCUUAACCACCAUGAAAAUCUCUCCAAAGAAACCUCACUUUUUUAAACCCAUCUUACCUGGUUUCAAGCAAGGAAUUAAAAUUCCUAAAGGUUUCUUGAAGUAUUUAAUGAGACACGAUCAGUAUGAACAUGCAAUAUUGACAAGGGCAGCAACUGCAGAUAAAAUGUGGCGGGUGAAAGUGAACGGCCGACGAUUAGAAGGUGGUUGGGAAAAGUUUGCAGAGCAACAUGAUUUGCAAUUGAGAGAUAUCUUGGUGUUUAGACAUGAAGGAGAUAUGGAAUUUGAAGUUUCCAUAUUUGAUUUAAAUCAACAAUGUGAGAGAGAAUACGAAGAAGAAGGAGGAGGAGGAGAAGCUACUAUUGCACAUGAGCCUCUAGGUUGUUCCCAUUUUGAAUGCAUUAUUAAGCCAUAUUGUCUUAAAUAUGACUACCUGUGCCUUCCUAAACAUUUUGUCUUGGCGAACAAUCUCACGAACAAGAAAUGUGAUUUGAUUAUUAGAGAUGAAAGACAAAAAUCAUGGAAUUUGAAAUUAGCUUCUUAUGAUUCACAUCGAGUCAAUAUUGGAAAUGGAUGGCAUGAAUUCAGAGUUGUGAAUGACUUGAAGGAGGGAGAUCGAGUAAUGUUUGAGAUUGUUACUAAUGGAAAGAAACUAAUAUGGCAAUUUCAUAACAAGCCAAACCACAACAUCAAGUCAUCAAGAAAAUCAUCUCCCCUUGCAGAAGUUGUUACUCACAAACCUAUUGCUCAUUCACAUUUUGUAUGCAUUGUUAGACCCUACUGCCUCUCAAGGGAUAGCUUGUUAAUCCCUAAAGAAUUUGCAUCGGCAAAUGGUCUCUUCAACAUCAAGAAGCGUGAUUUGCUUGUUAGAGAUGAAAGACAGAGAUCGUGGAAUGUAAUAUUACGUUUAUAUAAUAAUAAUUAUGUGUAUCUUAAGAAUGGAUGGAAUAAAAUUCGCGAUGCAAAUUGCUUAAAGGAGGGGGAUCGCAUAAUGUUUGAGGUUGUUACUGAUAGAAAGAAACCAAUAUGGAAAUUUUAUGGCAAAAUUUCUGAAGAGAAUGACUGA